UCAGCGCUCUCUCGUACACAUUCUCUCUCCCUUGCGCAAAAGACGGACGGAGAGAAAGGUCUCCUCGACACACCGGAACUUAUUCUCUCUCCCUUAUCCCCGCUUGUUCUUCUGUCCGCAGAGUGCUUUAGGAAUUCUAUCUAGGACUGGAAUUGUAAACGCGCCCUCUACACGGAUUGUUCCAUCUGUGUUUCUCGAAACACAGCUGUUCGACGUAGUUUGGCUAAGUCUGCUUCCAGUGAAAGGACGGCCGUACUAGGAUGGUGGUACGCUAUGGCGGGUUCAGAGCAUACUCAGUCAUCGCAGCUUUUGUCUUACUCCUAGGCGGAUGCGCCAGAUCCCAAGAAGAUUACUAUGACAAUGACACUGAAGAGAUAUAUGAGGGAAAUGACGUACAGUAUGAACCACAGUCUAAUUAUGGGUGGGACUAUGGAAAGCGACAUAAUGAUUAUGUAUUUGGCCUCGGCAAGAGAAGUCCAGGAUAUUCCUUUGGUCUGGGAAAAAGAGACAGAGCCUACUCCUUCGGACUGGGCAAGCGGGAGGGACUGUACGCCUUCGGGCUUGGGAAGAAAUCUGGCACCUACAACUUUGGGUUAGGUAAGAGAAGUGCCCGCGAAGCCAUCCCAGAGGACACCAACAGCAGUCAACCAGCUGAAUUCUCCACCAUACGAACCAAGAGGGAAGCAGUCCCUGACCAGGAAAUAGAUGAGGUGAAGAGAGGUCAAUACGCAUUUGGGCUUGGAAAGAGAGAAGACGAAGAAAAAAGAUCGAAGACCUUUAGUUUUGGUUUAGGUAAACGGGUUCCAGAUGAUGAGAAAAGAGAUCGCUCUUAUUCCUUUGGACUUGGCAAGAGAGAAUCAGAGACUGAUAUCGAUAAAAAGUCCCAACAAUAUGCUUUUGGUUUAGGCAAACGGGAUUUCGACCAAGAUGAUGAUGUCCAAGACUUAGAUUCUAGCAAAGCGGACGCAGAUGUGGAGAAAAGGCCGAGGCACUAUGCAUUUGGACUGGGUAAGCGUGAGGAUUAUUUUGUUAAAAGACCUAGCAGUUACGCUUUUGGCCUCGGUAAGAGGGAAGACUUCAAUCUUGAUAAAAGACCUAAAAACUAUGCCUUUGGAUUAGGGAAACGAGAUUCUGAUAUUCAGACAAGACCUGGCCAAUAUGCUUUCGGUCUUGGCAAAAGAUUUUCUGAUCUUGAUCUCACCAAGAGGCCUCAGCAUUAUGCUUUUGGGCUUGGAAAAAGGGGAGCAGACCUAGACAAGAGACCUCAGCAAUAUGCAUUUGGUCUUGGCAAACGAGAAUCUGACACUGACCUACAAAAGAGACCUCAGCACUAUGCAUUUGGACUUGGUAAAAGAGACUCAGACCUGGAUUUAGAUAAAAGACCUCAGCACUACGCAUUUGGACUCGGGAAAAGAGAAUCGGACUUUAACCUAAACGCAAGGCCCCAACAUUACGCAUUUGGACUUGGGAAGAGAGAGUCUGCUCUUGAUCUGAGUAAAAGACCUCAGCAUUAUGCAUUCGGGCUUGGGAAAAGAGAUCUUGAUGAGGAACUCGAGAAACGAGCACAGCAGUAUGCCUUUGGCUUAGGCAAGAGAUCAGGGGAGUAUGAUUCCAUAUUUGAUGACGAAGAUGACGAAGAAUAUGAACUAUAUGAUGACGAAGAUGGGGAAACUGAUGCCAUUGAUAAUGACGAUGAUGACGACUUAUCAGAGUACCAGGAAGAAUUAAAAAGAGCAUCUUCUUACGGUUUUGGACUUGGUAAACGAGCUGGUCAGUAUGCCUUUGGCCUCGGUAAAAGAGGAGGCCACUAUGCUUUCGGUCUUGGAAAGCGCUCUCCUUAUUCAUUUGGUCUGGGGAAGAGACCAGACGCCUACUCCUUUGGAUUAGGAAAAAGAUCUAGAACAUAUCAGUUUGGUCUAGGAAAGCGAGCGGGUCCCUACACAUUUGGCCUUGGAAAACGUGAAAACCAAUAUGCCUUCGGUUUGGGUAAAAAAGCUGGACAUUAUUCAUUUGGCCUUGGGAAAAGGUCUAGUCCAUACGCUUUUGGGCUAGGAAAGAAGUCUAGACCUUAUGCCUUCGGCUUAGGAAAAAGGUCAAGCCCUUAUGCAUUCGGUCUUGGAAAAAAAUCAGGGUCAUUCACCGACGGCGCUGGCGCACAUGACGACGACUCUUUUUCUUCUUCUGUAAAUGGUCUCGGCAGACGCUCGGGGUCUUACUCAUUCGGUCUCGGAAAGAGAGUUCCUGGUUCUUACGGCUUUGGGCUUGGAAAGCGAGAGGCUACAGACGACAAACAAGAACUCCAAGAACCAGAACCAAAUGGCUCUUCCUAGGCGUAUCCUAUAGAUGUGGCUCGCGCUUGAGCUGCCAUAUACAUAUUUUUAGUUUUCAGUAAGACGCCGGUUUAUUUUUUAGUGUUUCCAUGGGACAUGUUAAUUAGUGCACUCCUUAUGACGACCUUUGUUCCAGUUCAAUGCUCUAUAUAUGUACAUAAGUCUAUAUAUAUAUAGCAUAGCAGCAAAUGUUAGUUUUACUGAUGAUCUGAAACUCGCAACGUGUCGAUUUACUUUAUAUAAAGAUAGCGUAAUAUUUUUCCAUGAAAUGCCUUUUCAAUUCUUUCUUAUGUCAUCAGACUAAUAGUGAAAUUGUGUCCCUGUAAUUCAUGAAGUCUAAGGAGUGAACUAGAUUCAAUUAGCAUCAUUUUAAUGAGAGAAAUCAGUAAGAUGGUAAAACAACCAAAAAAUAGUGUAAAGCAUUGCAUUGAUCUUUGGCAAUAUGUCAUUAAAAAUAGAGAUGUUAAACAUAUUUCAAUAAAACCUUUAUUGCUAAUUGAAAAUAA